UGUCAAACAUUUAUUCUCUUUAUCUCACCGGUCCUUCUUUUCUGUUAUGUGUUACUCUCCAGUAACAUCUAUCAUUUUCAGCUCUUUAUAACUUUUUGUUUUUAUGUGCUGUUGUGUGGUUUGCUUCUUCUUUCCUAUUGAACAAAGGAAGGAGAGGAAGCUCCUUUUUGAGUGGCGUGCAACACAUACUUUACAGUUCAGCACAUCCUAACGGAAUGUGUAGACUUCAAUGAUAACCAGGAGCCGAUGCUAUAGGCUGUCUAAAAGUGGCCUCAAAUGGGACUACCAGUUCUCAAGUCUCUACGUUUGCUCCAGGCUCUACGUUUACUGCAUCCUCUACGCCUGCCUGGGUUUUCCUUGAAAGACGUGGUCAAGGCAUCUCGUCUCCUAAAUGGUCGAGAAUGUAUCAAUAG